AUGGGCGACUGCUUAAAGUUAGUGAAAGAUAAGCGACACAGAAGUUCUAGUAGUCUUGCUGGAGCUUUAGAUUGUACUCGUUCAGAAAAGAAGUUGGACAUAAGAGCUUCGAUACCGGAAGUAGAUGAUCAAUUUGCGUUGGCGGAAGCACGUUGUGAUGAUUUGCAGGACAAAAUCGAUUUAGUAAGAGUGUUAAGGAAGAAAAAGAAAUUAAAAAAAAGAAGUAUGACCAAGGUUGGCGAACCGCAACUAGCUCUAGAUAACAUACCAGUUAUCACAGUAAGAACACAGCCGAAAAAAAAAGUGUCCCAGCAUGCGGCACGUCUGCGUAAAAUAGAGAUGCCACAUAAUCCGACAAGAGGAUAUGUUGAUCCUGCUUCCGUUGAACAGCAUAUGAUGCUUGGAGAGAUGCGCGGUACUAAGAACUAUAAGCCACCGGAAGCACAACGUUUGAAGGAGAAACCAGGCUCGGCGGGCUACAAUAAUUAUGGCAAAAAUCAACCUAGAAAAAAUUAUCCAGACGGGGACAGUAUGUAUGGAGCUGGUACGCAGUUCAGUAGCGAGGGUCCCAUGGAGGUGGCUUGUGGUGAUGACGAUACUGUACCUCGUUACUCUGACGUCGACCUCUUUGAUCAGCGGCCACAACAUUAUUCUUUGAAAGUCAAGAACCCCAAAGAAGUCCGUCAAGUUCCAGUGCUCAAUCGGCGAAGACACGUACCUAAAGAGAAUAAUACUAUUAAAGAUGAAACAAAACGUCACGAGAGUGGUGGCGACACACUAAAACAAUACCGCGGUGCGCCUUCAGCCAACCAACGCCACAUCAACACAGGUCAAAGCUAUCACGAGGAAAGGCCGGUGUUGGAACUAUUUAACAAAGAACGGUCGAGUCCCCCGCUCGACGCCCAGCGACAAGCGCAGACGUCAUCAUAUUAUAAUCAAGACAGAUGGAACAAGAAGAAAACGAUCGGUUGUGACAAGAAAAGGGUUGAUGCUCCCGUGCGGCGUCCACUUAACGAAACCGGUCCCGUUGAAUCUAAAAAGUCCCACGUCGAAUCUAAGAAGGAGGAUAACCGUUACCCGCGCCGCGAGAAGUACCGAAGCCAUCGCUACGAGUUGCCCACGGUCGCGUCACAGAUGAAGCAAGCCGGCGUGCGGUAUUACUGUGAAAACACGAAACGCCCUAAUAUACCGUUCAUUGUGAGCAAGAGCACCGCGCCUUCGCAUAACAUCGGCGUAAACAUACAGCAGGUUUUGAAUGGUCUGAAAGUGCAGCAGCCCCUUUCCGGCAUACCAUCGACAAUCGCUCAUCACAUGGGGUUGGGUCACGUUUCCACUUACGGUACAAGAAGUGCAACUGCGCAUCCGUCUCUGGACAAUCGUGAAAUAAACGUGAUCAAACUGGGACAUCGUAUGUUGCGUCUACCCUCGUACAAAUACAUGUCAUACAAUAGACUCUUGAAUUUAUAUCGCGAGGGAGACGGUAUCGUUCCGAGGUUCUUGAAAGCGAUCAACCGACCGCAUUACUUCUACACUUCGAUGUACAACAGCCUGACCGCCGAUCGGGAUGAUUUUGAUGGCGCCACAUCUAAGGGGCGUGGAGGAAGUCAGGAAGCAAAACAGAGUCUGGCCGAAUAUGCUAGCUUAUAUCGGGAGUAUGAGCAUAUCGAGAAAUGCAUCAAAGAAGGUCCGUACCAGCCGCACCUUGAGCAACGGAAGGAGGAACUAUCUAAAGAGCUGGCUUCUAGAGAAGAACACAUUCGAAAGGUCGUCAAGGAGUUCAAAGCGUCCGGGGACUCUGAGCAGCCGCUCCGGGCGUCCGCGUCCACUACAGAAGACGGGUACAGGCACUCAACAUUCAAAUUAAACGUCGGAGAUCCUCAACUGUAA